CUGGUGCCGCUGGCGCUGCCCCGCGGGCGGGGGCGGCACUGCGAGCUGUGCGGGGCCGCGGCCCAGCUGCGCUGCGAAGCCUGCGGCGUCACCUACUACUGUGAUGCAGAUCAUCAAAAAGCUGACUGGGAUAGCAUCCAUGAGAAAAUAUGCCAGUUGCUGACUCCAGUUCGUACGUCAUUACCAUUUUUCAGUUCUGAAAAAGAAAGGAAGCAUGGCAUGGAACAGCUGCUGCACAGGCAGAAGUACAUAGCUGACCUUACUUAUGAAGUGGCCCAGAAGUUUCUAUAUGAAGGAAAACACGAAGAAGCAAUUCCUGCAGCUUUACAUUCACUGCGUUUCAGCAUUAGGAUUUAUGGCUCAAAUUCUGUGAAAUUAGUGCCUGCUUAUCUCAUCUUAGCUGAAGCUAGCACUGGUCUUGGUCAUCUUAUGCAAGCAGAUGAAUACCUCUCUCAGGCUCAGUGGAUUGUUCUCAAGACUCCCGACUGCACUAAUGCCAUUCAGUCUAAACUGCAUCGUAACCUGGGUCUUGUCUAUGCUGCUAAAGGAGACUUUGAGCAAUCUUUAUAUCACCUAGCUAAUGAUAUUUAUUUUGCCAGUUGUGCCUUUGGAACUCAUGAUACCAAUACCUCUGGAGGGUAUUUCCACAUGGCUAAUGUUUUCUUUCGCCAGAACAAAAUGGACAUUGCAGACUCACUGUACUCUGAGGCAACUGAUAUCUGGCAUGCCCAUUUCAGUAGGUUGAUUCAAAUCCAGUCGCAAACUCUCAAGUCUGCAACAGAAAUUGAUAUAUUAGCUGGAGAUGCGGAAGCCAGUGAAGAACCUCUAACAGGUGAGGCCCAGCAAGCUGAAGCCCGUCAAAUACUGAAUGCAAUAUUAGAUAUCAGAGAACAGGCCCCAAAACAGAAGCCUGAUAAGAUGGCCAUCAUUUUGCAUGCUCUUGCAAUGCUUCAUUACUUCACCAUGGACUUACCAAAGGCUUAUGAACUUGGGGUGAAAGCCUCUCUAAUGACCCAACAACUGCAAAAACAAGACUUAUUGGAAGAUAUUCAUUGUUUAUUAAAGUUGAUUAAAUCCAAAAACUUUUCAAUGUAAAACAAAGUGCAGUUUGUUCAUCUAGAUCCUACAGGUCUUCAGCUAGGUUAUCUGUUCCAGUAAGUUUCUGUAACCAUGAUGACAGUGCGUUAUUAGCUCAUUGCUACUUUCCUGUUAUUGUUUGGCAUCUCUUUCUGGAAAUGUUCCCUUUCAUCUCAGUUUUUUGGGUGUUUUUUGUUUUGUUUUUUUUAAUUAAAAUUCUACUUCAUGCCA